GAUUUUGCCCGCCAAACUUACUGUGCAUGACUGCUUUGACUACUGCUGGUUAGGACCAAUAUAUAGGCCUCGUGCGGGUCGCACAAAGCGCGCGAGGAUGGCGCUCCUUGCCGACGAUUCAUUUGAGGCGUACAAGCGGAGAUUUGUGCCCAUCCUCUAUGACUGGUUCAUGCACUACCAUCUGCCGUAUCCAACACAGACAUGCAGGUGGGGGCCGCUGGUCGAGGACAUGGGCUACAAGGCCCGCUACCGGGCAUACCUGUCAGAGCAGGUGGUGGACGGCGAGCGGCCCAACACGCUGCUGCUGGCGCACAUCGACGUCAUGAAGCCCCACGUGGCCUCCUGCGAGGCCGUGUCCAACUGGCAGGACAGGUCGGCGUCCAGCCACGUCACCAUCGUGCGCACCGUGUACCACCCCGGGGAGGUGAACAAGGUCCGCGAGCUGCCCUCGGCGCCGCACGUGGUGGUGACGCACACGGACUCCAAGCACCUGUACGUGUGGAACAUGGACCGCCAGCCGGACAGGCGGCCCGCGGCCAGCGGCGUGGCGGCGGCGGCGUCCGCCGGCAAGGGCAAGCGCGGCGGCGACAAGGGCGGCGGCGACAAGGGCGGCGGCGACCGGGGUGACGCCGCGCCCAGUGUGGCGGACCUGGUGCUGACGGGGCACGAGGACGAGGCACUGUUCCCCCUGGCCUGCAGCUCCGCCGCCGCCUGUGUGGCCUCUGGCGGCAACGACCAGCUGGUGCUGCUGUGGGACCUGGCCGACACCAUGACCUCGCUGGCGGCGGCGGCGGCGCCCGGCAAGGAGGACAAGGACAAGGAGGCGGCAGACGGCGGCAGCAGCAAGGGCGGCAAGGCGCCGCAACUCAAGGCCCGCACGCGGCUACAGGGCCACACCGCCACCGUGGGCGACGUGUGUUUCGCGCCCGGGUCCAGUCAGCUGCUGGUCAGCGUGGCGGACGACGGCCGACUGCUGCUGUGGGACACGCGGGCGGGCCUGGCGCCGGCGGGCUGCGUGGAAGAGGCGCACGGCGCGGGCGUGAACGUGAUGUGCGUGGACUGGUGCCCGCUGGAUGAGAACCUGCUGGUCAGCGGCGCGGAGCAGGGCAGCAUCAAGGUGUGGGACCGCCGCCGCACGGGCCAGGGCGCGGCGGGGGCGCUGUUCUCCUUCGACGCGCACACCAACAACGCCGAGGAGCGCGACAUCAUCCAUGUGGAGUGGCACCCCAGGAACAAGGACGUGUUCGCGAGCGGGUCAGUGGACCGCACAGUCGCCAUUUGGGACCUCUCACGGGGCCGACCCGCACCCGCGGCAGCACCCGCGGCAGCAGCGGCAGCGGAGCCGGACGCCGCGGCCGCGGCCGCGGGGGCAGACAAGGGCAAGGGGACGGCCGAGGCCGAGGCCGGGGCCGCCGCUGCCGCGCCGGCGGCGGCGGCGAAGGAGGUGGCUGCGGGUACAGCGGAGGCGGCGGCGGGUGAGGGUGGCAAGGAGAAGGAUGGGGACACGGAAAUGGCGGACGCGGGCGCGGGUGCAGGUGCGGGCGCAGAGGCUGGGCCAGCGGCAGAGGGGGUGAAAGAGGGCGCUGCGGCGGGCAGCGCGGGACAAGCGGGCGAGGGCUCGUUGGCAGCUGGGGAAAAGGAGCAGAAGGAGGCGGAGGCGAAGGCGGCACAGGGCGAGAAGGAUCAGCAGCAGGCAGCGGAGCCGGGGCAAGGCACGAGCGUCGCCGGUACGGGCGAGGACGCGGGUGGCAAGGGCAAGAAGGAGGAGGAGGCCGCCGCGGCGGAGCCGCCCAAGAAGAAGAAGAAGACGGACAAGGACGGCACGGGCGCAGGCGGCGGCGGCGGCGACCCGGCCGAUGACGACGGCCUGCCAGCUCAACUCAUCUUCCAGCACCUCGGCCACCGCCUGGGGCGCGUGACGGACUUCCAGUGGCACCCCGACCCCAACGAGCCCUGGACCCUCAUCUCCGUCUCCGACAACACAGGGGAAGAGGCAGCAGACGGGACCCUGCAGGUGUGGCGCAUCAGCGACCUCAUCUACCGGCCCCACGAGGAGGCCGUGCAGGCGCUGGAGCAGCACAGGCAGUUCAUCCUGCACGGCAAUACCGGGGCGGCGGGAGGGCCGGACGCCAAGGCGCCCUCCGCGGCGGCAGGGGGCGGCAAGGGCAAGGAUGCAAAGAGCGAGGCGGCAUGAUGGCGCGCCGUCAUGCACGAAUUGCUGGGUUGCUUCUUGACAGGUGGUGUGAGCAAGGCAGGUCCGCAUGGCGUGGUGACAGACGUGCGUGUUGCUGCAAUAAUGUUGAGGCUGUGCGCUUUUGUUGUUGUUGGUUGCCUGGGGCAGUGGCUUGACACGGUAUGGCUGGCACAGUAGGACCCAGAACGGGGCGUUGGGGGCGUGCUGUGGUGUGGCCUUGUGGACUGCUGGACGAUGGGGCGCAUGGGGUGCUGGACGGUGGGGUGGGUGAGCCUACAACAGCUCGGACUAUGUACGGUACACACGUUAUCCCUGUAUGGGUGCAUCCAAUACGACCAGAGACCUCCAAUGAACACUGCCUAGAACUGCCUUUCACCACGUUCGCUGUAAGAAUCAGUGUAAUUUGGUUCCGUC